UUCAGUGGCUACCCAUUAUCUUCUCCACUUAUUAUAUGCUAAUAUAUAUUCACUAUUCAACUGGGGUUUUGUCUAAUUAUAGAGAUUUUGUGUUUUUUUUGUUUUAGAAAAAAAAAAAACUUUUUUUUUUUAUUUUGUAAAAGUCAAUCUUUUUUAAAAAAUUUUGUGGCUUUUUGGGUUUCACGUGGGUGAGAUUCCUCCUCCAUCCUUUCAUUUGGAGGGACCCUUUUUUACAACUCUGUCAUUUGUUUGCUUUGGUGGGAUCUUACUCAGAGGGUAAAAGAGGGAGGAACAUGGCUGAGGUGAAACCCACAACACCCUUGAUCCCACCAUCAACAACCGCCUCAUCAUCUUCGUCAUCUAGAAAGCUACCCGACUUCAAGCAGUCUGUGAGGUUGAAGUAUGUCAAGCUUGGCUAUCAUUACCUUAUCACCCAUGCUAUGUACCUUUUUCUAACUCCUUUUGUAGUCAUACUUGCUGCUCAACUCUCCACUUUUUCAAUAGAGGACAUAAAUUUGCUUUGGAAGCAUCUUCAAUAUAACCUCAUUUCUGUGAUAAUAUGCUCAACCCUCAUUGUUUUCUUGUCCACUCUAUACUUUAUGACUCGCCCUCGUCCUGUUUACCUUGUUAAUUUCUCGUGCUACAAGGGGAAUGAAUCCCAGAAAUGCCCACGGCCCUACUUCAUGGAACAAUCUGCGACUGCUAAGGUGUUUUCUGAUGGAAUUCUAGCUUUUCAGAGAAAAAUCCUUGAGAGGUCUGGCCUUGGGGAGGAAACUUACCUCCCUGUGGCUCUUCAUAAUACACCUCCAAACCCGUCUAUGGCAUAUGCUAGGUCCGAGGCUGAAGAUGUGAUGUAUGGUGCCAUUGAUGAGCUCUUAGCCAAGACUAAUGUGAAACCUAAGGAUAUUGGCAUUUUGGUUGUAAAUUGCAGUUUGUUUAACCCUACCCCAUCCCUCUCUGCCAUGAUUGUGAACCAUUAUAAGCUCCGAGGGAACAUUGUGAGCUACAACUUAGGAGGAAUGGGAUGUAGUGCCGGGGUCAUUUCCAUUGAACUUGCUAAGCAACUCCUUCAAGUUCACCCAAACUCUUAUGCUUUGGUUGUUAGUACCGAGAACAUCACUUUAAAUUGGUACCUCGGGAAUGAACGUUCGAUGCUUCUUCCAAAUUGCUUGUUCAGAAUGGGUGCAGCCGCUAUCCUCCUCUCUAACAAAAGAUCAGAUCGAAGACGAUCCAAGUAUCAAUUGGUUCAUUGUGUGAGAACCCACAAAGGUUCCGAUGACAAGUGUUUUUCUUGUGUUUACCAACAAGAAGACCCUAGUGGGAAAGUUGGUGUUUCUCUCUCUAAAGAAUUGAUGGCAGUUGCUGGUGAUGCCUUGAAGACUAACAUUACUACUCUAGGGCCUCUUGUUCUUCCAAUGUCCGAGCAAUUGCUCUUCUUAGCCACAUUGGUAGGGAAGAAACUCUUCAACAUGAAGGUUAAACCUUAUAUUCCUGAUUUCAAGUUGGCUUUUGAGCAUUUCUGCAUCCAUGCCGGGGGAAGAGCCGUGCUUGAUGAGCUGGAAAAGAACUUGCAGCUUAGCGACUGGCACAUGGAGCCAUCACGUAUGACCCUCUAUAGGUUUGGGAACACCUCGAGUAGCUCUCUUUGGUAUGAAUUGGCAUACUCAGAAGCUAAGGGGAGGGUGAGGAAAGGAGACCGAGUAUGGCAGAUUGCUUUUGGAUCCGGUUUUAAAUGCAACAGCGCGGUGUGGAAAGCCUUAAGAACUAUAAACCCGGCUAAGGAGAAAAAUCCAUGGAUGGAUGAGAUUCAUAAGUUCCCGGUUAAUGUUCCAUUGGUUUCUCCAUUUUGAAAUUCUGUUUUUUCAUGUUUUAUGUGAUUCAGUUCUACCCAUCUUGCUAAUGGGUUGCAAUCCCUGUACUAUCGCUGCGAUGCUUUGCUUAAUGACUUAGAAAAAUGAUAAGGACAAAUUUUGGGAAAUCUUUCAGCAUGUAGAGAGGUCGAAGCAAAUGCCGAUAUUUGUAUGGUGAAAUUCUCUUGGAGAUGACAUUUCUCCUCAUCUUUCACUUGAAAUGUACUGAGGUUUUUUCAGUUCUUUUUUCUCUUCAAGUAUCUUCUUGCUGUUGGGAAUGCUCCUUGAUCUUCUUAUUAUUUGUUCCAUUAAUGGUUCACUUGUACCAUAUCUUCAUGUUGAA